AUGGCCAUGAAGGAAGCAUCAAGCUCUUCCUCAGGUUUAGCUACACCAGAGAGCCACACACCGCACAACAAUGGCAGCACCAAUAACGUUUCAGACAUCCUAACCCCCCAGGAAUUUUCCUCUGAUGAUUCUUGGUCCAUUGUGACUGGCAGCGACUCGCAAUCGGUCGCUUAUGAUGAUGUUGUAUCCAGCGAUGAUGGAGGGCGGGAAGAACCUAACAAGGAAGUUCGAGCUUCGGUGUCGACGCUCAAAAACGAACUUAGCGGAUCUCACUUCUCUGUUCCUCGAAUUGAACUAGAGAAGGGGUCAGAAGAAGAAGUUGAAGCCCGAGGCACAACUGAUGAGUCAUUCACUACAUUUGCCGACCAUACUAAAGCUUUGAAGCGGGAUAAACUGAAAUCGUGGCAAUGUAUUGCCGCACUAGGACUUGCCCUGACCAUGUUGGUUGGAGGAACGGUAUUCAGAACCAAGGACAUAGAUUGCUCUGCUGUGUCUGAGAAUAUGAGGAUGACACUACAGGAUUGUCUAGUGAAGGGUCUAGAUACCAAAAUGGGGUGCUUAAAGCAGUACUUCGAAGAUCGCAAACCAUAUGAAACUCGCUGCUCGUUUCAGGACCAGGACUUGAUAACUUUCGAUAACCGUCUCAAAUUUGGAAGGGAGUUGUUUGGCGAAGGCACACUGGCCGAUGCUUAUAGUGGGCUUCUAUGGAUUAAGGAACAAAGACGUGAAUUGGGCUACAAGGGACUAGAGUGGUCUCGCAGGUUCGGGAGCGCUAUGAAGGAGAACUUAUCGACAAGCAUGAAGAUAUUCGAUCGUGCUAAGGAGCUUUCCAUCGAGAAGGUUGCGGGAACAAAUUUAGUAUCUCAUCGAAUGGCUAAGAAAUGGGGUUCCUGCAUUCGGGAAGGGUUCCAAUUUGCGGAUGAUCUUUUUUUGCAGGCUCGGCUUUGGACGGGCGAUGCGGUGUUGGCUCUUGCAAAAGACGGGAAGCAUGCAAUUCAACGCGGCGAUAAACUUUUAGAGGAAUUUUUGACUAAAUUGAAAGACGUUACCUCAAAGUUGCCUCAAAGUUACUCUCAUAUCCCAAAAAACCUCUCUUGGCUAUUGGAAACCAAAACUUUUGCUGAACAGAAACUACUUGCAAUCGGACGGAGGUCUUUGAAGAAUUCUACUCGUGCGCUCAAAUAUAUUCGCCAGCGAUUGCCUCUAAUUCGCAGGAAAUGGGUCUCCUUCACUUGCAGCCUAUACAGAGAAUCCCGCUUCCUUUUAAGGAAUUUGGGCACACGCUUACACACGCAGUUUAGGCUGUCAGCCCAUGGAGUCAGAGAAUUAAACUCGAUAUUACACGAUAAAUUUUUACAAUGGUACGAUAGUUUUGAAAUACCCUGGUUUUAG